AUGCCUACUAUCAUCGACAAAUUGUCUGAUGCUCUCCAUCUUCACUCCCACCAGAGCACUUUCGACUCAAAAGUAACGGUUAUCUUUGUCCUUGGUGGUCCUGGUGCAGGCAAAGGGACCCAGUGCGCGCGCCUCGUUGAAGACUUUAGCUUCUCUCAUCUUUCAGCUGGAGACCUCCUCCGUGCAGAACAGCACCGCGAAGGUUCUGAAUACGGCCAGCUCAUUCAAACCUGUAUCAAGGAAGGCUCUAUAGUGCCAAUGGAAGUUACCGUUAAACUCCUUGAGAACGCAAUGACCGCCACUCUGGCGGAACGAAGAUCUGGAGAGGGAUGGACUGACGGUCGAGGUCGCUUCCUUAUCGAUGGGUUUCCUCGAAAAAUGGACCAAGCAGAGAAGUUUGAACACGACGUUGGAAAAGCAACUGCGGUUUUGUUCUUUUCUACCACCCAAGAGGUCAUGCUUGAUCGUCUUCUUGAACGAGGCAAAACUAGCGGGAGGGAGGACGACAACGUUGAGAGUAUCAAGAAACGCUUCAAUACGUACAAGGAACAGACCAUGCCGGUCAUUGAACACUAUGAGAAACUCGGAAAAGUGAUAGAGAUUGAUAGUUCUGUCUCUAUUGAAGAGGUACACCAGAAAACCAGGUCUGCUGUAGCUAAACUUCUUUCUGGCUCUACCGCCUAA